UUAAUUAUCAUGGCAAAUCUGGUCAAACUCGAAUUUGAAACUCUCGAUAUAUAUGGGAAAAAUUAUAUCUCAUGGACAUUGGAUGCCGAAAUUUAUUUGGCGGCAAGGGUAUUGGAAAAAACAAUAAUAUCCCUAAAUGAUUCAUCAAUACAGGAUAAAGCUAAAGCAAUGAUAUUUCUGAGGCAUCAUUUGAAUGAGGCAUUGAAAAAUGAAUAUUUAACUGUUAAAGAUCCUGCAGAUCUCUGGAAAGCCUUGAAAGAAAGGUAUGAUCACCAGAAAACGGUGAUUCUCCCCCGGGCGCGUUAUGAAUGGAUGCAUUUACGCUUCCAAGAUUUCAAAACUGUAAACGAGUACAAUUCAGCCAUGUUCCGCAUUUGCUCGGUAUUAAAAUUAUGCGGAGAAAACAUAACUGAUUACGAUAUGCUGGAAAAAAUGUUGUCCACGUUCCACGCCUCAAAUGUACUAUUGCAGCAACAAUACAGAGCAAAAGGCUUUGUAAAAUAUUCUGAGUUAAUUUCUUGUUUGCUGCUGGCUGAACAAAAUAACGAGUUGUUGAUGAAAAAUCAUGAAUCUAGACCUACGGGGUCUACUGUGGUCCCUGAAAUAAAUGUUGUAAUAUCUAAACAGAGAACCGGAACUGAAAACAGCCAAACAUAUGUGCGUGGAUAUACCUCGGGACGUGACCGGGGUCGUGGACGUGGACGUGGCCGUGGCCGUGGAUAUGGUCCAGAUCGCCGAUUUGACCAAAUCCACAAAUUUCACCGAGGGUAUAACUCAGGCCGGGGAUAUAAUCGUGGGCGAGGCCGUAAUUAUGCCCAAAAUUAUGAAAGGGGGAGAAAUUUCCAGCCAAAAUUUGAACAGAAUAAUGUGACGGAGAAUAAUGAUGAAAAGGCAUGUUAUCGAUGUGGAAAGACGGGACAUUGGGCACGCAAUUGUCGUGCCCCGAGACAAGUUGUUGAUAAUUAUAACAAUUCCCAGAAAUCGAAAGAUAAAAAUAUUGAAACCAAUUUUAUGAUUGGAGAAUCUUCUGGGAAUGAUUCAACACGUGUGGAUGAUGAAGAUGGCAUCGAUGACAUAUUGAACCUGGACUUUGCCGAUGCGAUCAUGGAUCGAUCUCGAAUGCAAAAUAGAGAUAUAUGUCUUGCAGAUUGUGCAACUACUCAUACUAUACUCAAGGACCGAAAAUAUUUCGUCAACUUGAAAUUAAAUAAAGCAAAGGUAAACACAAUAUCCGGAAAUGCAAAGAUAAUUGAGGGUUCUGGAAAAGCCAUAUUUUUUAUGGCGGGAGGUACAAAAUUUACAUUGAAUGAUGCAUUAUUCUCCCCAAAAUCAACAAGAAAUUUGUUGAGUUUUAAAGAUAUCCGAAUGAACGGAUACCAUGUUGAAACAAUGAAUAAAGGGGGAGUUGAAUAUCUUUGCAUUACCUCAAAUUUUGCGGGAAAUAAAUGUGUUUUGGAGAAAUUGCCAGCUUUAUCCUCGGGCUUAUAUUACACCCGCAUUCAUAUUAUUGAGACUUAUGCUGCAACAAAGUCACAGGCGAAUGAAAUGUUUAAACUUUGGCAUGAUCGACUUGGUCACCCUGGCUCAAUAAUGAUGCGAAGAAUUAUUGAAAAUUCUAGUGGGCAUCCAUUAAAAAAUCAGAGGAUACUGCAAACACAUGAAUUGAUGUGUGCCUCAUGUUCUCAAGGGAAAUUGAUAAUAAGACCAUCACAUACUAAAGUCGGACAUGAAUCACCAUUAUUUUUGGAAAGAAUUCAUGGUGAUAUAUGUGGACCUAUUCAUCCACCUUGUGGCCCAUUCAGAUAUUUUAUGGUGUUAAUUGAUGCCUCUAGUAGAUGGUCUCACGUGAGUUUGUUAUCCACUAGAAAUGUGGCAUUUGCUAAAUUGUUUGCCCAACUUAUCAAAUUAAGGGCUCAAUUCCCAGAUUAUAUUAUAAAAAGGGUCAGACUUGACAAUGCUGGAGAAUUUACAUCUCAAGCAUUUAAUGAUUAUUGUAUGGAAGUGAAAAUUGAUGUUGAACAUCCUGUAGCACAUGUUCACACUCAAAAUGGUCUAGCAGAAUCAUUGAUUAAACGACUGCAACUUAAAGCCAGACCAUUGAUAAUGAGGACAAAACUGCCCACUUCAGUAUGGGGACAUGUUAUUCUGCAUGCAGAUAAUCUAAUUCGCAUAAGACCAAGUGCACGCCAUACAUACUCGCCAUUACAGUUGGCAUCUGGUCGAGAGCCAAAUAUUGCACAUAUGAGAAUUUUUGGUUGUGCAGUAUAUGUACCAAUUGCUCCGCCCCAACGUACGAAAAUGGGGCCUCAAAGAAGGUUGGGAAUAUAUGUUGGAUAUGAAUCUCCAUCAAUAAUAAAAUACCUUGAGCCAAAAACAGGUGAUGUUUUUACAGCUCGGUUUGAUGAUUGUCAUUUUAAUGAAGAAUUAUUUUCUCCUUUAGGUGGGAAUGAAAAGUCAAAUGAAAGAAAUAUUGAAUGGAGAACAUCAUCACUAUCGUAUCUUGAUCCUCCCACCAAACAAAGAGAGCAAGAAGUUCAAAAGAUCAUACAUCUGCAGAAUAUUGCAAAUCAAUUGCCAGAUGCAUUUACUGACACAAAAAGGGUGACAAAAUCACAUGUUGCAGCUAUAAAUGCCCCUGCUCGAAUUGAGAUUCCAAAAGAAAUGGCAAAUGACAAUGUGCCAAAUGAAUUAAAGGCACGAUUGAAACGAGGAAGACCA